GAUCAAAAUCGUAACAAUGUUCUGUGUUUUCUGGACGGUGUCCUGUGGAACGGACAUGAUCUGGAGAUACUUUUCAUUGCUGAUUUUUUCCGAUUGAGUCCAGGUUGCAUCCAGAUCUUGUCGAGUGCGAACCGUCUUUGCCGAAAUUAUUCCGUCAAUAAUACCCACGUCAGAGUCCCGACAAUUACAGAACACGAUACGACUUAGUCCAGACAAAGCCGUUUGCAAUGCGGUACAGCAGACUGUGAAAGGAUUGCGUCCCGACAGAACCUGAUUAUCCCGAAUAUGGCGACAGUUUAUCUUCCGUCAGCGUCGGUUCACUGUCUGAUAUCUGUCGGAUCGCAUUCGGUAGAAUCGGGACGCUGUCGGGACAGAUUCGGUCGUUUUUUACAUGAAAAAGAUACAAAUCGGAUUAGAAUCGGAUUGAGAACGGGAUAAUCGGGACAAAUUGGGAUGGAAACAGCUGAAUUUGGACGCUUCCUGAACAAUAUCUGAUUGUUGUCGUGAUUAAGUAAAUGAUUUUACAAAUUUUUAUUAAAGUUUGAGUUUCCAGUCACGAUUCACAGGAUCUUGGUCAAACAAAUUCUAAUCGGGAAUGGUCCUAUCAAGGACGGUAGUAAAAAUCGUGAAUGUGUGACCCCGGCUUUAAAAGGCAAUAUUAAAGUAACAACACCAAAAUUGUAGUUCACGGAAAUGGUUUUUUAUACUACUUUCAAUCAUAUAUCAUAGUCGAUAUUUAUCACAAGAAUAAUUUACAACCGAGCCUGAAUUUAUUUGCUAAUAGUUUUUGUCACUAUGCUUUUUUUGCAAAUACUGAUACAAUUAAUGGUACCAAUUUUACUGCACCAGAUGCACCUUUCGACAAUUAAUGUGCAUGUAUUUAGGAAUGGUCGAGGCCAAAAUAUUUAAAAAUCUAAAUCCUAAUACAAACGGUGAUAAACUUAUCAAUCAAACCAAAAAGGACCAAAAUAUGUAUUCCCUUUUGGAAAUUUUACUAAGGUCACAUGUCUGUGAAAUAGCUUUUUGUCAAGUUUAAGUGAGGUAAUCCAGUCUACAACUUUUGCCUUUGAUCAUGUACCAGUUUGGAUAUUACAGUUAUAGAUGCAUAAUGUUUAAAGUGUUCUGGUACUGAAAUGUUUUUAUUUAUUUAUUUAUUUAUUUAUUUAUUUAUUUAUUUAUUUAUUUAUUUAUUUAUUUAUUUAUUUAUUUAUUUAUUUAUUCAUUCAUUUAACAUGUUUACUUAUUUGAUUGAUUAUUAGAUUUUCUAUUAUUAUUAUUAUUAUUAUCAUUAUCAUCAUCACCAUUAUAUUUUUUUUAUCAUUACAGUACUCUCCUUACUAUUUUUAUCAUCAUUCACUUUUAAUUAUUUCUAUCAUCAUUCACUUUUUAUUAUUUUUAUCAUGAUCAUUCACAUUUUAUUUUUUUUUAUCAACAUUCACUUUUUAUUAUUUUUAUCAACAUCCACUUUUUAUUAUUUUUAUCAUGAUCAUUCACUUUUUAUGAUUUUUAUCAACAUUCACUUUUUAUUAUUUUUAUCAUCAUUAACUUUUAUUAUUUUUAUCAUCAUUCAUUUUUUAUUACUUUAUUCAUUCAUUAUUUUCUUGUACAAUUAACAGUUUGAAUGUCCCUCUGAUAUCUUUCGCCUUUUUUUUACGGCAGUAAUAUAGGGUCUAUUUUAAUAUGAAUCAGUUUUACGUAUUUUCCUAGGAUACAAAUCCUUGUAUUUACCAAGGUAGUAUUUUUCUACAUAAAAAUAUGAUUUCUAUCAAAAUACUUUUAAUAGCGCCCCUCAAAAGACAUCGUAGGUUUUGAGUCAGUCCUUAAGCAGCUGUUGACCCUCAAUCCGGGUCACUUAGACGCUUCAAAUUAGACCGAACACUGUGUGGCAUAGCAGCAUUUUCCAACAAAAGAACUAGCAAGAUGAUGGCUUAUCCCCCUCCAGGUGGUGGUGGUUAUGGGUAUGGAAAUCAGUAUCAACAGCCCUAUGGUGGUGGUUAUACUUACAAUAACUCAGCUUACAAUGUCAAUGCUCAGCCUAUGAUGGGACUUCCAAUGAUGGGACUUCCAAUGAUGCCUAUGAUGGGUAUGAUGAUGCAACAAGCUCCACCAUCUCAACAGACAAAUAUUACAUAUAAUAUGAUGUUCAGUAGUGAUGCUGCCUUCCAGGAUUCUGCUGCUUCAGCUUUAGGAAUGGAGGCUGAUGAUGUAGAGGUGUCUGAUGAUGAAUAUGAAGAUGAGGAGGAGGAGGAGGAAGAGGAAGAGGUCAGGGAAAAAAAGAAGAAGUUCAAGAAGAAAUGCAAGAGGCGUCAGAAACUGGCACAAAAAGUUGCUGAGAAAUGUCAAGAAGAUGAUAAUUUCUUAGAACAAGUACGCCAAAACUACAUUGCUCGUCUUAGAACACAUUUGUUGAAGGAUGGAACAAUUGAUCCUACUGAAGGCACCAUUAAAUAUUAUGCUAAAUACAAAGCUGAUGAUCCACUGGUACCAUUCAUGGCUGAAUAUGAUGGAACUGAGUUAGUGGGCGAAAAAUGGGAUGCAGAAUGGGACUGUAUGUAUCUGAAAGAGGCAUGUGAUGGCGCAGGAACCAAUGAAGAAGCCAUUAUCUACAUCUGUACUACAAGAAAUAACGAACAAAGACAGAUUCUGAAAAAGCAGUUUAAGACAAAUUAUGGAGAGGACCUGAUGGAGACCUUGGACAGUGAGACAAGUUUUAAAUUUAAAGAGGUGAUCUUGGCAUUGUUUGUACCACCACCUCUGUUUGAUGCUUUGAAUAUUAAAAAAGCAAUCCAGGGACUUGGAACUGAUGAGUCUGUAUUGAUUGAGAUUUUACUGUCCAGAACAAAUGCACAGAUUGAGGAAAUGAAAGCUGUCUAUGGAGAUAUUAACCCAGAUGAUUGUGCUACUGACAAGGACUUGGAGUGUAACAUUGAGGAUGAUACCAGUGGGGAUCUUAAAAGAAUUCUCAUAUCUGCAGCGCAGGGUGGUCGAGGAGAGUUGGACCCAGAAAAGAUUGAUGAAGCUGUGGUACCAGUUAUGUUUCAUGAUGAGGAAACAGAUGAAGAUAAACCAACUGGUUCCUUCACCAUUGACAUGGAAAAACUUGUUGACAUGAACAGAGCUAAGAAGGAUGCCAACAAUUUGUUUGAAGCAGGAGAGGAUUGUUUUGGAACUGAUGAAGACACUUUCAUCAGGAUCUUUGCAUGCAGGGAGACUUACCAGCUUAGAGCAAUUUAUGGUGAAUAUGUGAAGUUGACACAAAGAGAUGUUGAAAACACUAUUGACAGAGAAUUCUCCAGUGAUUCAGAGAAAGCCUUGCUUACAUUGGUCAUGUCUAUUAAAUGUAGACCAAAGUACUUUGCUGAGAGAUUGACAUGGACAAUGAAGGGACUUGGUACAAAGGACAGUGACUUGAUUAGAGUUAUUGUCAGCAGAGCUGAGAUUGACAUGGUACAAAUCAAAGAAAUUUUCCUAGCACAGAAUAAAAAAACGUUAUGGAAAUGGAUUGAAGAAGAUUGCUCAGGGGAUUAUAGAGAGAUGUUGCAAAGGAUUGUGGGAAGAGAUUAAAGCUUUUUAAAGAGUCCAUAGAGAUUGAAGCUUCUUAAUGACAUUGAUUUCUCAUAAUAACUUUUUCUAUACUUUUCUGAUUAGUAGAGUGUUUUGCAUAAUUACAAAAAUGUGCAAUUUAUAGCAGGUCUAUUUUCUUUAAAAAAUUGAUAUAACUUCUGAUUUGAGUACUUCAGAUCGUAAUUCAUUUUCUUAUUGGUCCUCUUAUGUGGCAUCUUGUUAUCUCAAUAACACAAUGUGUACUUAUAUAAUUUAUUUAUAUAUGUUUUACAUUUCUGUAUUUUGUUUAUGAAUUAACUGUGAUGUUUUUUUAGAUUGUGUAUUAUUUUACUACUUCCAACUGUGAUAUAAAUAUUUUACAUGAACAAUCUGUAUUUUACCAGUUUAAUUUGAUUAUUUCCCAUAAGAUAGACUAUUUCUCAUGGGAUUUGACUAAUUCUCAUGAGAUUAACUAUUUCUCUUGAAAUUUGACUAAUUCUCAUGAGAUUGACUAUUUCUCUUGAAAUUUGACUAAUUCUCAUGAGAUGGACUAUUUUUCAUUAUGUCACAAGAGAUUGACUAAAUUUUACAAGAUGAACUCUACUAACAGAUGAUCAGAUCUCAGGUUGUCUUAUGACCGUACUAUUGACUUAAAGCUCACACAACAAUGAUUAUACCACAUGCAGUAUUGUCUUGUCAAUGUAGACUGACUAUGGUAUACCUCAUAUAAUUGACUACCUCAUGUAAUAUUGGCAAUUAUUUGCAAUAGAAUUUUUUUCUAUGGCUAUUAAUAUUUGGCAUUUUGUAGCAAAAUUUAAGAAUUGAUAGGCUCGGCCCUUACACAUAGAGUAAAGUUUUAUCACUGCUCAAAUACUGGACCAUUCCAUUUUGAUUUAAUACUGCAAAAUCAGACUAUAUAAUGUUUGAACUUCAUCAAAAGAAAUAUGGAUUCAUAUGUAUCAGUCAUAAGAAAGCAAAAUAAUUCACAGCAUUCCAGUUUUAUAGUUAGUUUUGUUAUUUCUUCAAGCAUAAAUGAUAAAUUGAAAGGGGAGAUAAUCCUUAUUAUCAUGAUAUGAAAAGUUUUGAUGACUUCAUGAUUAUGUAAAGGGUUUUUAACUUGACCAACACUAAUAGUAAGAGCUUUACAUAAAUAAUAAAGUGUAACAAAAAUCACUGCAGCUUAUCGUGGUAAUAAAAUUGAAUUGAAACAAUUUAAAGUGAUAAUUAUAUAAGGUAUAUGUACUAUUGAUUUAACUUUAUUCUCCAGUAUUGAUACUUUAAUAUUUAAUUUAUGUUUAUUCUAAUAAAUUGAAUGCUGUAA